AUGGCCAAGACAUUUAGCAAGGAAGACGUCGCGUCGCAUAGCAAGCCCGAUAAUCUCUGGGUUGUGAUCGAUGAAGAUGUCUAUGACUUGACUCAGUUCCAGGAGGAGCACCCAGGUGGAAAGAAGAUCCUCUCCCGAGUCGCCGGAAAAGAUGCCUCGAAGCAGUUCUGGAAAUACCACAACGAAGGAGUUCUGAAGAAGUACAAGGGCAAGCUGCAGAUUGGAUCGUUGAACACCAAGAAGGCUGAGCCUGCACCACCGGCGCCUGCUCCGGCUAAGGAGGCACCCAAGCCCCCUGCUCCUGCGCCUGCUGCUUCGACGGCUGUGGCUUCGUCUGAGCCUUCGCAGCCGCAUGAUCCGUAUGGUGAUCUUGUACCGUUCGCCGAUCCUGCUUGGUACCAUGGCUACCACUCUCCCUACUUCAACGAGACCCACGAAGCCCUCCGCACUGAAAUCCGCGAAUGGGUCGAGUCCGAAAUCGAACCAUAUGUCACCGAAUGGGACGAGGGCAAGCAAGUGCCGCACAAGAUCUACAAGCAGAUGGGUGAACGCGGCUACCUGGGAGGCUUGCUUGGUAUCAAGUACCCUGUCAACCAUACUCCGUACAGAGUCAAGUCCGUGCCCCCAGAGCGCUGGGACCACUUCCACGAGAUGCUCUUGACCGAUGAGCUGUCGCGCGCGGGCAGCGGUGGUCUGGUCUGGAACUUGCUCGGUGGUUACGGUAUCGGAUGCCCGCCGCUCGUCAAGUUCGGCAAGAAGGAGCUUGUUGACAGGAUCUUGCCUGGUAUCCUGGCUGGUGACAAGCGUAUCUGCCUUGCCAUUACUGAGCCGGAUGCUGGCAGUGAUGUUGCCAGCCUUGGGUGCGAGGCUAAGCUCACUCCCGAUGGCAAGCACUACAUUGUCAAUGGUGAGAAGAAGUGGAUCACUAACGGACACUGGUGUGAUUACUUUACAACUGCGGUUCGUACCGGUGGGCCUGGUAUGAACGGUCUCAGUCUGCUUCUGAUAGAGAGAGAAAGUGGUGGUGUCAGCACCAGACGGAUGGACUGCCAGGGUGUCUGGAGCAGUGGUACUACGUAUGUUACCUUUGAAGAUGUCAAGGUACCCGUGGAGAACAUCCUCGGAAAGGAGAACCAGGGAUUCAAGGUAAUUAUGACCAACUUUAACCAUGAGCGCAUCGGCAUCGUAAUCCAAUGCGUCCGCUUCGCUCGCGUUUGCUACGAAGAAUCCGUCAAAUACGCCCACAAGCGCAAAACCUUCGGCAAGCGCCUCAUCGACCACCCCGUCAUCCGCCUCAAACUCGCCCACAUGGCCCGCCAAAUCGAAGCCAGCUACAAUUGGCUCGAGAAUAUUAUCUACCAAUGCCAGUGCAUGGAGGAAACCGAAGCCAUGCUGAAACUCGGCGGUGCGAUUGCUGGUCUCAAGGCGCAGUCGACGACGACAUUCGAGUACUGUGCGCGCGAGGCAAGUCAGAUCUUUGGGGGGUUGAGUUAUAGUCGUGGUGGACAGGGGGGCAAGAUCGAGCGGUUGUAUCGGGAUGUUAGGGCUUAUGCUAUUCCCGGUGGGAGUGAGGAGAUUAUGUUGGAUUUGAGUAUGAGGCAGAGUUUGAGGGUGCAUAAGAUGUUUGGUAUGAAGUUGUGA